CAGCAUAUGCUCUGUUGUGUUUCUUCUUCUUCUUCUUGUUCUGAGUGAAUGAAGAGCAGCUUGUUUAUUCGCAGGAGUGAUAAACAUCGUCAUGGAUCCCAGGACUCCUGCCCCUCUAGGUUGGACUCCAGCUCCAUCUUCCACUCCUGGAAUCUUUACCAACAUCGUGACGAAGGGCCCAAACACCGCCGAUGCAGACUUUGCAGUUUUAAUCGGAGGUGUCGUCUCCGCUGUGCUGCUGCUGCUCAUCUGCAUGAUCGCCGUGCUUCUGUGGUGUCUGACCAGACAGAAGGGCUCGUACGUCACCAACGAGAUGGACGAGGACGAGGACGUGGACGAGGACGAGGAGUCUGUCGGCUCUGACGUGGCGCUCCAAAGCAAGGAACCUCUGAGGGCCAAAGAAGAAGAAUGAAGGACACAAAGAUGAGACUGAAGCUGAGGUAUCAGCUGCUAGAACGAACUUUUUACAUGCAGUUCAGGAGAUUUUACACAUUUUCAUACAACAGCUCAAAAAGUUUGAUGAUCCAGACUGGAAAAUGUGAACCAAGGUCCAAGAGAGAGAUUAAACAAUAAGUGGAAGCAGAAAAAACACUGAACUGAAGAUGGCUGGACUUUAAAUCCCUCAUUUUAUCGAUCACCUUUGCUCUGUUGAUUUAAAGAGUUCUUUUUUCCUUUAUCUCGUCUGACUCUGAAACAUGCACUGCUUGUUUUAAGUCACCUGUGAGAGUAAACUCUUCCUCCUUAUUGGUG